AGAUUAUCAGUGAGAUGAUAGGUGGGACUGUGGCUUUGUGUGUGUGGAGAGAUUUCUUUAUCUGAUUAGAAGGGAUAUCCAAUAAAGAAGGAUUUAUAGGAUUCGGAUUUCUCUGCUCUGCACGCGCACACCAAACCUCGCUCACAUGCCCAUUAGGAGGAAGAGAAAAGCCUUUUUAUUGACUGCAAAUCGUGUUUAAGUUGACACACUCCGCGCUGUCGGCAGUUGUGAGUAUGUUAAUGUGUGGUUAUGUCCCCCAAGCUUGCGUGGCCAGGGAUUGAAGACGGUCCUUUUGCCCAAGGUAGCUGGGAUAGGAGUGACACUGAAGCGGGAGAUGAUUUUUUGGAUCUAGUUUGUGCUGCAUUCCGUCUGCUGCGACACACAAACAACAGACCAGGAAAAAGAGAAGCGUGAGCCUGAAGACGGCCAGGAGGACAGAAGGAGAAGCUCAUCUUCUGGUCUGUGGGAGGCGAAAGCGACACAUGGGCACAUGACGAGAAGAAGCAGUGCAGCAGCAGCAGCAAGAUCCUGACCAGAACCUCAGUCACAGCAGCAGCGGGCGUCAGAAGGAAGGAAACCUGCCAGUUCUCCGGGUACAGCCAUGAGGUCCUUCCGCUCCUUUAGCAAUGAUGACCGCCACGUCAUGGCAAAGCACUCCACCAUCUACCCGUCCUCUCAGUAUCUGGAGGCUGUCCAGACGCUUGUGUCCACCGUGGAAUGUGCCCUCAAACAGGUGUCCGAUUGGCUGGACCAAACCAACGAAUCUCAGUUUGUCAAUCAGGUGGUCAGCCAACAACCAGAGGGCACAGAAGAGGAAGAGCCUGCAGAUGAAGCUGGAGAAGGGGCCGAGGAGUCCAACGAUAUUAGCAGGGAGUCGAGCGGUGUGCUGUGUGGAGUGAUGAGAAUCGGCUUGGUGGCCAAAGGCCUCCUGAUCAGAGGCGACAUGGACCUGGACCUGGUGUUGAUGUGCAGAGACAAACCCACGCAGACGCUGCUGGACACCGUCUGCCACCAUUUACCCACACAGAUCCAGAAGCUGUCAGAAGAGAAAUAUGAGGUCACCAGUUCCUCGCCGGAGGCAGCCAUCUUGGUACGGACAACAACAGAACCCAAACUCUCGCUGAAGAUUACGCUCACGUCACCAGCAAUGAGAGAGGGUGAAGAGGAAGAGGAGGAGGAUGAAGAGGAGCUGGAGGAGGAGGAGGAGGGGGAGCAGCAGGAAGACAGAGAAGGGUUGAACGGGGAAGAAGAAGAGGUGGAGGGGGGCACUGAGGAGUAUGAAGAGGAGGAGCAGGAGACAUGUACCAAUGAGCAAGUGUUGGGUGCUGCUGCGCAGACAGUGGAGGCUGAGGCUGAGGAGGAGGAGGAGGAGGAGGAGGAAGGGGAGGUGCUGGAUAGACACAGAUGUCUGUUGGCCCUGGCAGCGCUGCGACACGCCAAGUGGUUCCAGGCUCGAGUCAACGGACUCAAAUCCUGCGUUAUUGUUCUCAGGAUACUCAGAGACAUGUGCAAUAGACAUCCCACCUGGGAGCCUCUUAAGGGCUGGCCAUUAGAGCUCAUCUGCGAAAAGGCCAUCGCCACCUGCAACAGACCUCUGGGAGCGGGAGAAGCUUUACGACGAGUCAUGGAAUGUUUAGCCUCGGGCAUUCUGCUGCCAGGAGGCCCAGGUUUACACGACCCGUGCGAGAAAGAGCCAACAAACACACUGGCCAACCUGACCGACCAGCAGGCUGAGACCAUUACCUCCAGUGCACAGCACGCUCUCAGGCUCAUGGCCUUCGGUCAGCUCUACAAGGUGUUGGAAAUGGAGCCGCUCCCCUCCAACAAGCCCUCACAGAAAUAUCCCUGGGCUGACAAAGAAGGUUUAGGUCUGAAGAGGCCGUACGAGGAUGGAACAAUGGACGACAAGGACCUCAUCAAGAAAAUGAAGAGGAAUCUAAGAAAAGUCCUGGACAGCAAAGCCAUAGACUCCAACCAGCCAAUGAAUGCCCUCAUGCGACUGAACCAGAUCCGGCCGGGGCUGCAGUACCGCCUGCUGUCGCAGUCGGGUCCAGUUCACGCUCCAGUCUUCACCAUGUCCGUGGACCUGGAUGGGACCAUUUACGAAGCAUCCGGUUCCUCCAAGAAGACGGCCAAACUACACGUAGCAGUGAAGGUUCUCCAGGCGAUGGGCUACCCAACGGGUUUCGACUCAGAUCUGGACCCAAUGAGUUCAGAUGAGAAGUCAGAUGGAGAAGGAAAGAGCGAGUCGUCGACCACCUCAAGCAAUAACGCAACACACUCCACAGACUCCAACACACUGGAGGUGAGAACUCAGGGCCCCAUACUCACGGCGAGUGGGAAGAACCCCGUGAUGGAGCUGAACGAGAAGAGACGAGGACUCAAGUACGAGCUCAUCUCUGAAAGUGGAGGAAGCCAUGACAAACGCUUUGUGAUGGAGGUGGAGGUGGAUGGGCAGAAGUUUCGUGGGGCUGGCCCCAACAAGAAGGUUGCGAAGGCCAGUGCGGCUCUAGCUGCUCUCGAGAAACUGUUCUCUGGCCCAAAUGCAGCAUCUGCCAAGAAGAAGAAAAUCCUGCCUCAGACUAAAGGAGCGCUGGCCGCUGCAGCCGCCGCCUCGGCAGUAGCAGCUCAGGUAGCCAGAGGAAGAGGAAGGGCCACUCUGGCACGAGGAGCCUUCGUCAGUGCAGCAGCGCCUGGAUACGUCACCGCAGCAGGUUUCGGGACGCCAUACGGCUACAGUCCAGCUGCAGCAGCUGCUCCUGCAUACGGAGGUCUGUUCAUCGACAAUCCCUUCUACCAGCCACGGACCAUCGCUCCAUUCAUCAUCCACUUGGGACCGCAGGAUCUUUUCUCUGACUUCUAGAGGUGCCAGGUCUUUGGAUUUGAGGCUCACGCUGACUCUGCACAGGAGCCCACGCGUUCAUCUGUGCGCACACGUGGCUGCUGCCUUCUUCUCCUCCUCGCCGAUGGACUCACACCGCCAUAAGGACUUUGUCUGCUGGAGGACCUCACCGCAACACGGGACAACAGCAGCUGGCCACUCUACACAAAAGCAAUACUGGGAAUUUGGGAGAAGGGUCCGGCUGCGACUGAAUGCGCUGCUUUUUCUUAUAGCAAUACACCUGAACUCCUCUCUUCAAACUUACUUGAGAAGACGUGAAUGUUGGAGUUCCUGCGUUGCAAUAGCUCAUUUUUUGAUUGUAUAUUCAUCGUAUGUGUGUGUGUGUGUGUGUGUGUGUGUGUGUGUGUGUGUGUGUGUGUGUGUGUGUGUGUGUGUGUGUGUGUGUGUGUGUGUGUGUGUGUGUGUGUGUGUGUGUACACAUGUGGCUAUAACAUGACUAUAUACACAUAUAUAUGUAUGUUUCUAUAACCACGUGGUGACAAUACUAUCACUAUAUUAAAAUGUAUCUAUGUAAAUACACUAUGAAAUAUAACAUGUUGGUAUAAAUUAUUUUAGAAUGAUAAAGUGAAAUGUAUCUGUAAUAUCACAGUAUAGCUUUCUUCCAAUUUUAUAUCCACUGAGCAUCGAGAGCUAGUUGUAGGAGACGCAAUAUUAUCUUUAUUAAUCUGUGCUGGUAGAACUAUGACGCGUCCUCUGUUCUUUCUCUACUUUCAUGUAACUUUGAUGUCGUUCUUCUGAGUCGUUGCUGCCUGGGAUUAUUGAUGUGGGCCACCUCCCUGUCAGAAAGCACAAGUCUCACCGCUGACAAGACCAGCACCAAGUCCAUGCUACAUUUGCUGCCUGUGUGCGCUCGCGUUUGCUGUUGGUCAUGAACCCAAACGCCACCCAGGACGGACGUCUGCUCUGCUGACGUCUGCCGCCAGCCUGAUUUUCAGGUGGUGACAGAGAUGAGGGGCAAAUCUUUAAACUGGUCCCUCAGGUCACUGCAGAAACUCAAGCUAUCAAGUGAUCCACCUCACCAUUCCUGUCACGCUGAGACAGCAUUGUUCACAGACCACGCACAGGAGUCAAAUCCAACGUAUGUUAUUUAUUCCAAUUACGCCACAAGUUGAGUUCACAGCCAAGAUGCAAAAGCACUACAGCAGCAGCAAAAGCUCAUGCAGCAAAACCUUUAAAAAAAAAAACUGCUAGGCCUCUGUCUCUGUAUCCUCAGUCGGGGCAGUAGUGACCGAGUGCACAUGCUUCAUUCUGCAGUUUCAGUACAAAACACACACCAAGCCAACAGGGCAUUUUCACCAUAUUUCACCAUAUUUCAAUACACCAACUUCCACACACCAGCUUCAUUGAGGGAGCUCAGCAGUGGCAUGCACAACGCAGCAUGGGAUGUCUGUUGAAACAGGUUGUUGAAGACCCCAGUCGAUUUUAUGCAGUGACUUAGUGGAAUAAGUGGAACCUUUUGGAUGCACCACCAUCUCCUUCUUCAGUCAGACUCAGACUUCAUUGACUCUGGAGGCUGAGAAUAACUUGUCUUCAAGAGAGUUUAGCUAUAGAUGUGCACAUGCUGGCAGGCGAUUGGGUGGAAGCCUGUUGAAAAGGGUUUGGCUUUGAACUGACCAAAACUUAUUGACUCUUCAGCUUCAGUCCUGAACUGCAGUGGAUGGCUGGGGCUGAUGUGGCAACAGGGCGAAGUCAGGAGGCUCUGCAUUUACACGCACAGAUCAUAAUCCAGCUGUCACUAGUUAAUCUGAGCGCUUGUUUUGGGAUUAUGCCCUCAUAGAUGCUUCACAGGAAGUCAAGAUCCUUACCUUCGCUCCUCACGUGAGGCCAUCACGGCAAAAAUCACAUAUGUUGUCGGGUGAGCGUCAAAGAAAAGCGCAACAGGAAGCCCAUGACUUUCAAAGAGAAAGUUGCAGAACGUUUAGAGAGAAUUGAGUGUGUUCUUGCUACACUGAGUAGUGUUUGGUGUAACGGCAUUGGUCAUUUCAAUGCAUGUCACCAACCUUCUCUAUCGACCAACACCUUUGUUCAGUUGGGCGCCAACAGCCAUCAACUUUUGCUUCUGAAAGUGAAUUUUUAGUCAGCCGACGCUCGCCUCUCUCUUUCCCCCUCACAAACAAAUCCACCACUUUCCUCCAGUGGGAAAUCUCUGUGGAGAGAAAGCGAGGCUGCUGAUGGUGAAAAUAGCUUUGUCAAACACUCGCUGAGGUAUGAAAAAACAAAAAAAAAACCAAGCUUUAAUUAGCUGUGCUGCUAAUUAAAGAGAAGGCAAACGGCUUCAGAUGCUCUCACACGUCUGUGUUAGCCUCAGUAUCAUGGGAGGACGGAGCUGCUAUGGAGCCCUCGUGGGGAGUUCUGUGGGCGAUUGUAGGGGCUUCUCAGUGCUUGGAUUGAUGCGGAGAGGUUUGGAUGGAGUUGUUUCACUGGAGGGAGAACAGAAGCGACUGAGUCAAAUCACUUGCGUGUCCUCACUUUACCUGACGCAGACUUGAGACCAAUAAAAUCCACAUUUGUGAGGUUGAUAGAUUUUUAAUGAGGAAACAGAUGGUGGCUGGAUCUGUGGCUCAGACUGGUUUUUGAAGUGAGCUGUGGUUGAAGGGCUGAAUUCAUAGACUGGUGCCUGAAAAAUGAAUAUACUAAACACUUGUCACGCCAACCAAACAGGUGCAUCAGUGGGAUGUGCGCCGCAUAUAUUAGUCUUGUGAGGUCUCGGCGCUUUGUCUUGGCUCACUCUUUUCAUUUUUGUGUGGCUCAUCCUCGUAUUUAUUGUUAAUAAUUCUAAAUUUACUUCUCGAUGUUAUUCACAGUUGUGCAAAACAAGCCAUGUCAAACAAUAUUGAAUGACAUGAUGACAACAAUCUGGACUAAGAAACACUUUCCGUAGAAUUAUCAAGGCGACCAAAAUAAUUUCAUCAGUCACCAUAAAUCUGUAAUCUCUCCACAUUGCAUUACUCUGCAAUCUCUGUGGUUGUUUUCUGCUCUCGCUCAGAUCAGACAGUCGAAAGAUUUGGCUCUUUUUACUCAUUCAUUCAUUGGUUACGGCCCUUUGGCGGGAUGCUGCUGCUGCUGCUGAUGGCCUCACCCGGUCAUAUAUUUGACAUUACUAAUACUUUGAUGCUUAUAUCACGCCGUGUACUGCAUUACUACCGUCGGAAGACUCUGAUACAGUACAGCCCACCUGAGGUUUACCCUAAAGAAGGGGUCAACAGCAGGGUACCAGCCACAAGCUAGAACUUCAGCUACACUGACCACAGCCAGGACAAGGCCGUGGUAGAACUGUGAUCUCUGGGAGAUUGAUUUAUUGAUCGGUACCUGGAGAUCGAUGACUUCCUGCUCUUCAUUCGAAGCUAUUCUUGUUCAGCCCAGAAUGGUCAAUGCUCCCAUGCAAAGGUCAUGUCGGCAUGUAAACAGAUCCAAUCCAACUGCAACAGUCUGCGGCCUGGUUGGACUUGAGCGGAGUCCUGUGGUGCCACUGCGCCGCUGCGCUUCGUCCCAGGCUGUUGGAUAUUUAUUAUGGGCUAAAAAUAAACCUGUCAGGAGAAACAAAAUCAAAAGAGCUGCAGUCUCGGUCUGAUCACUUGAGCAGGGUUUCAUCCUGAAAACAAACUAUUCAAAGAAGCAAAUGUGUGAUAGUUAUUGAACGACUGCUGUAGAUAUUAUCUAAAUUAAUCUUCAAUGUUUCACUGCGAAUCCUCAGUUCAGUUGGCUGAAAAACUGAAGCAUCACUGAGCGGCGCUUUCACAUGGCACGAUAGGAUUGUCGCUUCUGCACAACUGGCAGAAUGUUGAUGUAGCUCUCCGACGCACAAGGAAAGGAUCUGGAAUCCACUCGAGACACUGGGCAUCUCUGUCCCCUUCAAGGGCCCCUGUUAUCCACCUCUGGAGGCAGUUUAUCACAAGUCAAACACUUGAACUUGAAGGAACUUAAACGUCUUCAUGUUCCCAGAGUGUAAAACCGCCGUCACGUGUCUGCUGGUGUUAUCAGGAACACAGAGAGCUAUGCGCCGCAUUCAAAGUGGACCAAUUGAUGUAACGAUCUUGAGAUGCUGAUGAAAUUUGGAGUCAAUGAAAAGAAGUGCUUGAGCGAUAAUUUGUGCAAAAAGUGCCGUUGUCUUAUCUGCGGUUUAUUCUCACUAGACAGUGGUUAGUGUUGGCAGCUUCUUUGUUGAGUGGAAUCUGGGUAAGUGCUCUACCUACUCUCUCAUAAAUCCAGAGGCUUGGUGGAGGUGCUGUUGCUUGGUGAGGCGCCACCUAGUGGAAGUUGGGACAUCACUGCAGGCAAAUAAAAAAUAAUGUGAGCAACACAGCCCGAGGAAAGUGCAAAUGACCUUAAUAUCAUUUUCACAAUGUUGCAUAUAUAUAUUCGCCUUGUGCGUUCGAUUCAGUUGCAUAGGUCUUAACAGGCCUCCAAUGAUUAUUAUUUUGGGACAUACACAAGCCAUAAAAUACAAUGUAAACAUUUUGCUUUAAAUAUAUGAAUGGCUUCAUGAAUAUGUUUAACACUUUAAAAGACGUGUGAAUGUAUCACAACAUCACAUCUAGCUCCCUCAUCCAUCCAUUUCUCUCCCUCUGAUAGGAGACGUGGUUAGUGUGUGCGGUUUAUCUGCGACUGAGCCGGUGGAUGGCUUCCGCUUCUUCAGAGAAUAGGGGUUACUGUUGUAACCUUCCUUCAUUUUGCAAUGACUGAGUGCCAUAUGAUUGAAAAGUGAAAAGGAAGGACAAGGAUGUUCAAAUUACACAAGAAUGUGAAGCUUUUUAGCCCAAAUUCCAAGUAUAUAUCCUCAUGAAUUUACAAGUUUGACUUCUCAGAGGUUUGGUGGACAGGAGAAAUAGUUUUCACGGUUGCGUGAGAGGACAGAAUCAUUUCUGACUUAUCAACAAAUUUUAUAUGUUUUCAUCUUUAAAUUCAAGAUGCAGGAUGAUCCCAUGAGCCAAACUUCUCUGCUUUUGUUUCUCUUCCAGCUGGUGUAACACACUGUAUCAAAUGUAUAUGACGUGUACAGUCGACAACUGUGCAGCAGUUUCAAGAAAUAACCUGCAAAAACUCUUCAAAUUCCCGUCUUGUCAGGGGGAUUGCACCUCUUUCAGUGAACCAGUGAAGCACAACUGACCCCCACAUUGUUCUCAGGUCUCCCUGACAUGCACAUGUAUGCAAAUACUCACAUACAGCUCUGCAAGUACUCAGACACUGAGCACAUAAGGAAACACAAUUUGCUUGCUCGUCACUGCAGUACACAUAUGUAUUUCACCUGGUGUUUCUGCUUUGGGAUUUUGAGCCAUGAAGAGGCACAGAAAACCCGGUUGUGAUGGAAGUGCUUGGCAUUUGUCCUGUAGCAUUGUACAUAGAGCUUUAUGGCCAGGUCUGAAGUAAGAGUGUGUCAAGUGUUGGGGUUUUAGUUGCCAUACAUAAAAUAUAAAGGUCAGUCAGGUGGGGCUUGACUUCAGCCACACUAUUAACAAACACUUGGAAUGUAAAGAUUCAAAUUUCAGUAGAUUCCGCGAGGAUUCUGAAGCUUUUGUGACAUACAUUUAAUCCACCUGAGGGGUUUGGAAGUGCAGCACCAACCCAGCCAGCAUCAGAUAGGAGACGUCUAGACGGCUAGAAAAUGUCAAGCCUGCUCUUUAAGAGGAAGCCGUUCAGCUCAGUGCUGCAUUAUCACAGAUAUACACAGGCUUAACUGGGACCAGAGUGUUAAUGUGCUUGGAAACACAACGGCAGAAGAGUCUAAAAGAGCGAUCGGCUCUGCAGAGCAGCAGAAAUAGAUCCAGAUCACGUUUCACCUGCUGAGACCAAGUUAACCAGACUAACUGCUGAACAGAUGGUUUUCCAGCCCAGUGCAUCCCAGUGUGUGUGUGUAUGGGUUAGUGGAAACGGUGAAGAACCCACAGUCAUUUGCACAGAGUCAUCAUGUCACAGUCACACUGAGCAUGUCGGGCCAGCAAAAGUCACGACACUUUGGCUGAGAAUGUACGUUGUCCUUCUAGUGAUUGUAGAGUAGAAUGUAUUUACUCGUAGAAAGAGUACCUUGCUUUUUUACUGCAGAUGCAUAUAUACCUAAUGUAUACACACACACAUAUAUAUAUAUAUAUAAAUAUAUAUAUAUAUAUGUGUGUGUGUGUGUGUGUGUAUGUGUAUACAUUGACACAUAUAUAUACAUUGACACAUAUAUAUGAACCAAUAUUGUAAAACUUAUAGUCUUUUAAAUCUCUCAAAUUGUUUUAGGUUCAUUUCAGCUUUAAUGAUGCAUAUUUCUUCCCCUUCUACAUUUUACACUUUUUUUAUAUAUAUAUAUAUAUAUUUGGCAUUAUGGCAUACCAGUGACACAAUUGUUCCACGUGAAUAUAUUUUGCUUUUUUCUUUUUUGAGAAAUACAGGCUGAAGCAAAUGUUUGACAUGUUGCCAACAAAAUAUACAUAUAUAUAAAUAAAUAAAUAAAUUAUAUAUAUAUAUAUAUCAGGGCAAAAUGAAGACAAAAAAUAAUGGAUGAUAUUUAGGCUGGCUGUGUUAUAUUGAGUAGCAACAUUUAUGACAUUGAUGAUGUCUCUGUUCCCCACACAAGCGAUGCUUGAGUUGAUGAAUAAAGUUCAGAA